ACCGUUGCACCCGAAGCAAAGGGAAAGAGAAGCAAGCGUAGUCUGUGCAUCGGCCAUGGAGAGCUCCUCCUCGUCUCUGUUGCUGAGUUCGUACGCGGGCAGCAACAAGAGGGCCAGGGGUGCCGACCUUGAAGUUGUCUCGUCCGCUGAGGCGGAAGCCGCCAAGAGGAUGAGGCCCGAGGACCUACUGGACCUGCUCGACGACGACACCAACGCCGCGGCGGCCGGCGACCUGGCGUCCGUCAUGCGGAGCCUUGAGGAGGAGAUAUGCGCCGACGACCUGACGCCGCCUCAGCCAGAGCUAGGCUUCCUGCUCGAGGCCUCGGACGACGAGCUCGGCUUGCCGCCGGCGGCCGCGGCGUCCUCCUCGUCGGACGACGCCGAGGGCUGGGAGCCGGAGGUGACCGCCGGCGUGUUCGGGGAGCAGAUAUGGAGCUUCGAGGACGAGAUUGAGGGCGCCUACGCCUUCGGCGGCGUUGCCUACUCGCCGGAGGCCGCCGCGGCGACCGCAGCGGCCGAUGCUGAGUGGGGCGACGACGGCUUCGACGCCGGCCUGUUCGGCUUCGGCGACGAGUCCUUGGGGCCGUCCGAUGUCGACGUGCUUCGCCAGGAGACCAUGCCCGCCGUUUGAUCAGUCAUCAGUGAAUGGAUUAGCCUUUUCUUUUUUUACCAUUGGCUAACUUUAGCUUUACCCUUUUUUUAACCUACGGGGAUGUAAAUAUUCUAGAUGCAAGAAGGAAGAAAAAACUGUGGGGAAGAAACCUGAAAAAUGUGUUGCUUCGUAUUAAUGAUGUAGAGAGAACAAAUAUCAUCUGAAGGAAAAAAAAACCUCCCUGGAUUCUAGAAGAAAUUGUUUCAUAUUUAUGUUCUUCUUGGAACAACUUCUUUUUUAUGAAAGAAAUAGGAAAUAAACCCGCUAAAGUAUCCCCUAUUUUGGUAGAAAUGUAUGCUAGUAGUAUAAUAUGAACGAGUGUAAGACUCAACAGCAGAUGCGGAAUUAUGAUCG